AUGAACGCCGAACUAAAGGACGAUCUGCGGCGCUUCCUGCACUGGGGUCCAAUCAAUCUUCUAACCCUGACACUGAUUGUCACCUGGACCGUCGUUCACAUGAACUCCAUGUGGUGGGCUCCGGGCCAGAGUCUUGGCUCCGUAUUAAACUACACCCUCAUCUGGGCCCACACAUUCGGCACCCUGUACCACUUCAUCAGGUCCUUGAUGGUUGGUCCUGGCUUCGUUCCGCUCAAGUGGUAUCCGUCGGUGAUCACGGAUACGCUUUUCUUGCAGUUCUGCACUCGCUGCGAUGGCUACAAGGCGCCCAGAUCGCAUCACUGCCGUCGUUGCGAUCGAUGUGUGCUGAAGAUGGACCAUCAUUGUCCCUGGAUCAACACCUGUGUCGGCUGGUCCAACCAGGAUAGCUUUGUGUACUUCCUGCUCUUCUUCCUGUCGGCCAGUAUUCAAGGUGGCAUCAUAAUAAUCUGCGCUGUAGUACAAGGCAUACAGAAGCGAUGGUGGAUCAGGCAGGGAUUGCGUCACAUGGCCACCGUGCACUUGACCCCGACAAAUCUGAUGGCCUGUGUAUUCAGCCUUGGAGUGAUCAUGGGCUCGGCUUUGGCCAGCAUAAAGCUGCUCUACAUGCAGAUGAAGGCGAUAUUGAAGAACCAGACUGAAAUCGAGAGCUGGAUUGUGAGGAAGGCGGUUUUUCGUCGCACUGCAUAUCCUGGAAACAGGAUAAAGGCCUUCGUUUUUCCCUACAAUCUGGGCUGGAGGGCAAAUGUUUGCGAGGCCUUCCUAUCCGCUGGCGAUGGCAUUUCCUGGCCAGUGCUACCGGAAUGUAAUGAGUACAGUCUCACCUGUGAGCAAUUGCAACAGAAGAAGGAUAAAAGGGCUCGCACUCGGCUCUUCAGAUGUACUCGACCUGCCACGGGUCACUGGGUGCCCAUCUUCUCCCAAGGACUGUGGGUAUCUCUUCAGAUACCCUGCACCGAUGAUCCUCGCAUUGCCCUGGAGCCCAAUGACAUCAUGCAUGUGACUCGCAUCCAGGAGUACUGGCUGUAUGGCGAAAGAGUGAUCUCAAAGGAUGAUGUGGAAAGGAGCAGAAGGAGGCAGGGUGCCAUUAGGGGAUGGUUUCCCAGCUGUUGUGCCGUGGAAAUGUGUGAGGAUUGUGCUAGUGAAGAUUAUGGGGCUGGUGGAGAACCUGAGAGGAAGCAGGACGCUCCAGAUAAAGAAUCUCGAGAGCCGGACCAGGAGAAGUCUGGUAAAGAAACCAUUACAAAUCGCAAGAUAUUGGGGAAUUUUCCCUGCGAAGAUGGGCAGCACAGAAAGCGCCUGCUUGUUGAGUAA